UUCCUAACAGCUCCACCACAUGUCCAUGGCAAUAUCAUGGGAGCACCGGGUAGCAUCUCCAUUGUCUUGUUGACCUCUGUACUAUAAGCAGUCUAGCUGCAGCAUGUGCAAAGUCCCUAAAAAUUGAAGUUCUAGUAGUUGUUCUAUGUAUGGAAUUAUACGUGUGUACUCUUUGCCAAAAAUAAUGGAUGUGCAACUGUGCACCCAUGUCCUCGUGUAGCUCUGCCCAUUUCUAGUUGCCCUCGGAGCCAGAUUCCAAACGAGAGAAAGAGACAGAGCAGAGCAGAGCGAGGAUGGCAUUGGCAGGAGCGGAGGUGGUGACCGCCGUGGACCACCGUGGCCGCCCAGUCUCGCGGCACUCCUCCGGCCGGUGGCCGGCCGCGCUCUUCGUCGUCGGGGUGGAGGUCGCGGAGCGGUUCGCGUUCGCCGGCAUCUCCAGCAACCUCAUCACCUACCUGACAGGCCCGCUCGGGCAGUCGACGGCGUCGGCCGCGGCCGCCGUCAACGUGUGGGCGGGCGUGGCCAUGCUGCUGCCGCUGCUCGGCGCCGCCGUGGCCGACUCCUGGCUCGGCCGGUACCGCACCAUCGUCUACGCCUCCGGCCUCUACAUCCUGGGACUAGCCAUGCUCACCGUCUCGUCGGCGCCACCAGCGGCAUGCGCGGGCACGCCGGACUCAGCAGAGUGCUCGGCGAGCCCAUCCACCGUUCAAGUGGCCUUCUUCUACGUCUCCCUCUACCUGGUGGCAUUCGCCUACGGCGGCCAGAAGCCGUGCGUGCAGGCGUUCAGCGCGGACCAGUUCGACGAGAGCGACCCCGAGGAGCUCGCCUCCAGGGGCUCCUUCUUCAACUGGUGGUGCUUCGCCACAAGCGGCGGAAACACCAUCACCAUCUCGGCCUUGAACUACGUCCAGGAGAGCGUAAGCUGGCAGUUCGGGUUCGGGAUCCCGUGCGCCGCCAUGGCGCUCGCCCUCUCCGUCUUCUUGCUCGGAACCAGCACCUACCGCUUCUAUCCGCCGGAGAGGAACGGCGGCCUGCUUGCGCAGCUCGGCGAACUGCUCGCCACGAGGGCUAAAUCCUGGCACUCGUCAUGGUGUUCCAGUUCCAAAUUAUCCGGUGACGACUCACUCCCGUUGCUGGCUGAUGCUCCGUCGGCGUCCAAGGAGAACACCAAAGAUUUCCCUCACGAAGCCGCGUCGCUGCUCAGACUGUUCCCGAUAUGGUCGACCUGCCUGAUCUACGCCGUCGUCCUGUCGCAGUGGUCGACCCUGUUCACCAAGCAGGCGAGCACACUGGACAGGAGGAUCGGCACCCUGCUCGUACCAGCCGCCGCCCUGCAAAACCUGAGCCACGCCGCAGUCCUCACCUUCCUGCCGAUCUACGACCGGAUCCUCGUCCCGCUCGCUAGAAAGCACACAGGGAACCCUCGUGGCAUCACCGUCCUGCAGAGGAUCGGCGUCGGGCUGGCGAUCUCGAUCGUCGCGAUGAUCGUCGCCGCGCUCGUGGAGACGAAGAGGCUCGCGAUCGCGGCAGACCAUGGCAUCCUGGAUGAGCCUGGAGUUCCCAUCCCCAUGAGCCUGCUGUGGGUGGUUCCUCAGUUCCUGCUGGCCGGGCUGUCCGGCGUGUUCGCGUUCGUCGGCCUGCAGGAGUUCUUCUACGACCAGGUGCCGGACGCCCUCCGCAGCCUGGGCAUCGCUCUGUGCAUGAGCAUAGCCGGGGUUGGCUGCUUCAUCAGUAGCUUCCUCGUGUACGCCAUUGACAGGGUGACUAGCAGCAAUGGGGGGAGCUGGUUCUCCAACAAUCUCAACAGGGGGCACCUCGAUUACUUCUUCUGGCUCCUGGCCGCGCUCAGUGCCUUGGGCUUCUCUGCUUACCUACACUUUGCACGGGUUUAUGUCGGCAAGAAAAGGAACAAUUCAGCUUCAGUACAGUGAUGCGAUGGUAGGGAAUAGAUAAAUUUUCUACCCGUCCAAGUAGAGAACUGUCACAAAUGAAGGAGAAACUUAGGUUCAGAAUCAACCCAUUUAUUUUUGUUAUCAACCACAGACCGUUCGGUGCAAUUUUCAUGGACAAUCAGUAACGUGAAGCUUGUCCGUGCUUUCCAAAGCUACACCGACGACGAUGGGAGUACUUGGCUGUAGCCUUGUAGUAAGGACACAGUGAUGUUUUCUUGCAGACCGGAGUACGACUUUCGUCGGGAGCGAAUUUCCACAAUAUUAUUCAGAUGGGCUUCUUCUAUAAAAAAUAUGUCCUGCGUGCUAGUUUCGUGAAUCUCUUUUUUUCUUUACACCGAUGACGAUGGCGUGACCACAGAACAACUUUACAUUUACAAUGGUUUUCGAAAGAAAUGGCCGCACUGACUUAUGUAAAUAUGUGAACAUAAUGUAGCAGUAUGGUUUCAAAUAAAAA